UCUUCUGGGUAUCACCGGCAGCGGCUGGGGUUGGCUGGUCAAGGACGACGUCACCGGCCUCAGCAUUGUUACCACCAAGGACCAGGACCCUGUCACCAAGGGUGUGCCCAUCUUUGGUGUCGACAUGUGGGAGCACGCGUACUACCUACAGGUUCGUCCUCACCAAUGAGAACAUGUGCUCGAAACUCUAGUAGACUAAUCGAGGAUGGCAAUAGUACCUCAACGGCAAGGCGGCAUAUGUGGAGAAUAUUUGGAACGUCAUCAACUGGAAGACCUCAGAGCUCAGGUUCUCGGGCAGUCGAGAUGAUGCCUUUAAGGCAUUGAAGGCAGUACUCUGAGAAGAGCAUGUUAGGAUGGUAAUCACAUAGGGUUUAAGGUACGUGACUAUGAAUAGAUUGCAUAUCUUUAUCCCAAAGUUGUUUGCUCGGAGACGAAAAGGCGCAGGUACUCCCGUAGGGUGCAGUGCAAGACAGCCGCAUCAUGCGCUUGAUCUUUCAUUUAUGCCAGCGGGACCUGCCACAAUCAAAUCAAGUGGCUGGGGAGGAAUUAGACGUACACACAGGUGCCGCAAUUGUGGCCACCUUACAACUCCUUACCCGGUCGUGUUACCUGCAACCGUGGACGAGCUUGGCAGUGAUUCCUCUUCAUAUUGUGCAGAGCUUAAGACAGUUUCAGAUACGUGUUUUUGCUCUGUAUGUGAACAUUACUCUGCUGUACGCAGAGUGCCAACUUGGUCGCAUUGUGCGAGGAUCAAUGAUUUAGGCCCCCCGUCCUCGAUGAUGUGGCGCACAACUAUGACUUCGAACGCCUCUGACCACGCGUGCCACGCAUCGAGACGGUACCGUCGUCCGGACAGGUCGGGGCAAGGUUUGGUCAAACAAAACAUCUCGUGCAGAACAAGGUGUGUUGUAGAGGGACUCUACCCGAGUUCAGCCGCUCACCCAAAUCUCCGAGUAUCAACAAGGACAAACAUCGACGGGUGUGAGACGGCCCACACAACCCGAGGCGAAGUGCACACAAGACGCGAAGCUCUGCUGGUCAUUCCAAAGUGACAGAGAUGACUCCCGCCUUCGGCCGAUCAAGAAACUUCCGACUUUACUGCCGUAACGGAAUCUUCUAGACAAAAGUGCCUCCUACCAUUUCGCCGUGCCAUUCGCACAGCCCUACUGUGUCUACUCCCGCAAU